AUGAACUGGAACCAACCGGAAUAUGAGGCUGCAGAUAAUCAGUGUGGGUUAUUCGACAACAAUUCAUCUGGUCUACUUCCAAUCGAAGAUACGUGUGGUUCACUUGAAAGAAUGAUUCAAAGCAACAGAAAUUUCUUUCUGGAUGAUAUAAGUAGAUCGUCAGCAGCAAUGACGUUUAACUCUCGAAACUCCCAAGACUCGAAUAUAUCAACGAUGAAUGAUAUGAAGCUAUAUGAAGUCAGAAAAGCUGAUGAGCCAAUUUAUUCGCGAAAAGUUUUUGUUGGUGGUCUUCCUCGCGAUUUUAACGCAAGUGAAUUAUUUUUUUCUGCUUGA